UUGUCUGUGCUUCCAACAUCAAACUGCGAUGAACCGUUCUCUUCACUCACUACAGGCUCCCUUCUAGCGGUUUUCACAAAGCAGAAGCCAAGGUCUCCUUCUCCACGUCUUCUUCUCCAUCGUUUCGCACCUUUGAUUCAAGCGAAUCCUCUCUGACCACAGAUUCGAAGACGCUUCAGGCUAUGUUCGUCAAGAAGCUUGUUGAGAAGGCUUCCAAGAAGCCUGGAGGAAGUUUGGAUGGUUUGAAAUCUCAAGAUGUAGACCCACGCCUGGUUUUCCAUUAUGGAAUUCCAGGGGGUUCUAUCUUGUUUGCUUAUGAUUCGAUUCAGAAGAUACUUGCAAUUGCUACGAGAGAUGGUCGAAUUAAAUUAUUUGGCAAAGACAACACUCAAGCUCUACUUGAAUCCAAUGAGACAGUUCCAAGCAAGUUUUUACAGUUUAUUGAGAACCAAGGCAUUCUUCUAAAUGUAACUGCUGAGAAUCACAUUGAGGUCUGGGACAUAGACAAGAAGCUGUUGUCUCAUGUGCAUGUUUUUAAAGAAGAAAUUACCUCUUUUAUGGUCAUGCAACGAAGUUUCUUCAUGUAUCUUGGAGACUCUUCUGGUAAUAUUUCUGUUUUGAAGCUUGAACAAGAACCAUGUCAUAUGGUGCAAAUGAAAUACACUAUACCUUCAACAGCCUCUCAUGGGAAUCCAACUGAAGUUGCAGGUGGCACUGCUGUAAUGCAUAUUCUGCCCCAACCAACUGCUGAAAGUAAAAGGGUUCUUAUAAUAUUUAGAGAUGGUCUGAUCGUGUUAUGGGAUAUCCGAGAAAGCAAGGUUAUUUUCAAGACUGGUGUAAAUAUGUUGCAACCAUUAAGUCAUGACACAAAAACAGUAACUUCUGCAUGCUGGGCGUGUCCUUUUGGAGGUAAAGUUGUGGUUGGGUACAGCAAUGGAGAUGUUUUCAUUUGGAAUGUUCUUCAUAUUCCAGAUCCAAGUAAUGGAGCAGCAGCAGAUAAAGAUUUAUAUUCUUCUCAAAGUGCUCCUAUUUACAAACUCAAUCUUGGAUAUAAGUUGGAAAAAAUUCCUAUAGCAUCAUUAAAAUGGGCCUAUGCAGAUGGGAAGGCAACUCGACUAUAUGUUAUGGGUGGCUCUGACAUUCAAUCCACAAACUUAUUGCAGGUGAUCUUAUUGAAUGAGCAGACUGAAUCACGCACAAUUAAAUUGGGGAUUCAUCUGCCUGAGCCUUGUGUUGACAUGGUGAUCGUUUCAAGCUCCAGUGAGCAAAGCAAGCAUAAACAAGAUUCUUUCCUUCUUCUGGGAAAAUCUGGUUGCAUGUAUGCCUACGAUGAUUAUGUGAUAGAUAGGUAUCUCUUACAAUGCCAAUCAAGGUCCUCACCCUCCCUCCCAAAGGAGAUAAUGGUAAAGCUGCCUUUUUCUGAUUCAAGCAUCACUAUAGCAAAAUUCAUCACAGAGAAUCCAAAUUUCUUAAAUUCUUCUGAUGAGGAUUAUGUUUCGCUGGCAAAAAGCAUUCCACCAUUUCUUCCAUCUGAAGCAAAACCAAAAGAUGAAACACGGUUGAACUCUACCAACUUUGGUGGAUUUGCAAAGAUUAAAAACUUGUACAUUACAGGACACAGUAAUGGAGCCAUAUAUUUUUGGGAUUUAUCGUGUCCAUUUUUGCUCCCAAUCUUUUCAUUAAAACAACAGAGCGAGGAUGACUUAUCUUUAAGUGGUACAGCAUUAACUGCAUUGUAUUUUGACGGCCAUUCUCGCUAUCUUAUUUCUGGUGACCAAAAUGGAAUGGUUCGCAUCUUCAAAUUCAAAACUGAGGCGUAUGCCACAGCCACCAGUUUUAUGCCUCUGCAAGGAAGUACAAAGAAAGGAAGCAACCAUAUCAUCCAGAGUGUCAAACUUAUAAAGGUCAAUGGUUCUGUGCUUUCUAUAGACAUAAGCCGUGGCUCAAGACAUCUUGCAAUUGGAUCUGAUCAAGGAUAUGUUUCACUAAUUGAUAUGGAAAGUCCCUCUCUAUUGUAUCAAAAACUUAUCGAAAGUGAAUUGAGCACUGGUGUCAUCUCCGUGCGGCUUGAAACCUGCAUUCUGCAUGGUUUUGAGAAGAAUAUUUUAGCGGUAGCAACAAAGGAUUCAUCAAUUUUGGCUCUUGAUAGUGACACUGGAAACACACUUAGUACCAGCAUGAUCCAUCCCAAGAAACCCUCUAAAGCUCUAUUCAUGCAGAUUUUGGAUGGGCAUGAUGCAUUUGGUAAAAGAUCAUAUACAUCAGAGAAUUUGGACUUGAACAAAGGGAACUAUAUUGAGGAUUCAAAGCAGUUGUCACUAUUGCUAUGUUCUGAGAAAGCUGCAUAUGUCUAUUCCUUAACACAUGUAAUUCAGGGAAUUAAGAAGGUACACUACAAGAAGAAGUUCAAUUCCUCUUGUUGCUGCUGGGCAUCAACAUUCUACACUCCCUCUGAUGCUGGGCUUGUACUCAUUUUUACUAAUGGAAAAAUUGAAAUAAGGUCCCUUCCAGAGUUAUCCCUGUUAAAGGAAACUUCAAUAAAAGGUCUUGCAUUUUCAACUUCCAAAUCAAACUCAUUGUCAAACAGUUCAGUAUGCUCUUCAAGGGAUGGAGAAAUUAUUGUGGUGAAUGGUGACCAGGAAAUGUUUGCUCUCUCAAGUUUGCUUCAAAAUGAAAUUUAUAGGCUUUUGGACUCAGCUCGCCAAGUCUACAGGAAAGAUCUGGUGGUUUCACAAGAAGGGCUUAUUUCUGGACCUCUUGUCCAUAAGGAAAAGAAAAAGGGCAUAUUUAGCUCUGUUAUUAAAGGCGGCAAAACAAAGCAUGUGCCUGAUAUGGAAGCAGAAGAUGCGAAAGAAAGUAUUGAAGAACUUUCAUCAAUCUUUUCAGUUGCCAACUUCCCAUCAUAUGCUGGGAAAGGAGACAAUCUAGACUUGGAUGAAGAGGAGGUUGAAUUAGAUAUAGAUGAUAUUGACCUUGAAGAUCCUGGCGAAAAGCCCAAGGGACAGAAUAUGAUGGCAGCCCUAAAUAAGCAGAAGCUCACAAGCAAAUUUCAGGCUCUUAAAGGUAAAUUAAAACAUGUGAAGUUAAAAAAUGAAAAAAGUUCCACGAAGGAAGAGCAACAAGAUGAGAAGGCUGGUGCAGUUGAUCAGAUCAAGAAGAAAUAUGGGUUUCCUGUAUCUGGGGAAUCAAGUGUCAUUAAAAUGGCAGAAAGCAAGCUGAACGAGAAUUUGAAGAAGUUGCAGGGUAUCAGCAUAAAAACGACAGAGAUGCAGGACACGGCUAAAUCAUUUUCAUUCAUGGCGAAGCAGGUCCUGCGAGCCGAACAAGAUAAGCAAAGCUCAUAAUCCUCCAUUGCCUUCAUACACAUGAAUUGGUUGUUUAUUACGUUGUGUGUGUGUGUUUUCAUUUUUUCAUUUAAUUUAUUUUGCAUGUAUAUUCGUUAUGUAUGUAAGUGGCAUAAAAUGUGUGGCAGCAUAAGCAGGUAGAUUUUGUAAAGGAUUGCUUUUUGUUGUGAAUGGGGAUCAUAUUCUUAAUGGAAUAAGUUCUUUUCUGUAUC